CGAUCGCCCCACGUGAGCUAAAUCCGCUCUCCACAGAGUUCGAGAGCUCUCCUCCCUCCUCCGAUCCUUUGCCUCGAUCACGGGAGGAAGAUGGAGGCGGCCGAAGAAGCGGAGGGAAGCGCUUCGAAGGAAGAACCACAGGAAGCUCUCGAAGAGAUGCUCUCUAGACACCGGCAAGAGAUGACCAAGCUCCAUAGCAAAGAGAUGAGUCUGAAAAAAGCUGCUGCAAAAGGAAGCAAAGCUGAACAGAAAGCCAAGAAGAAGCAGGUGGAGAAUGAGAUAUCCCGUCUUCAAUCCCAACUAAAAGCUAAACACACACAAGAACUUGCAUCAUUGGGCUAUAAAGCAACUGAGAGAACAGAGAAGAAUAAUUUAGACAUUCUGGUGAAGGCCAUUGCUGGCGUUAAUGUCACAGGCAAUAGUGACUUGGCAAAACCCAGUAAAGGGGCAAGGAGAAGAGAAAGAAGAGCUCAGGAAGAAGCUGCAAGAGAGCAGAGGAUUCAGGAAGAACAGAGCAACAUGAUUAGCGAUCGCAUGAUUGAAAAUGAGAGGCUGGAGAGGAAACUGGAGCCCCUGGGAUUGACAAUCAACGAGAUAAAACCAGAUGGUCAUUGUCUUUAUCGAGCUGUUGAGGACCAGCUCUCACUUUACUCCAAUGAUAACUCGCACUACGUUUUCCAGGAGCUACGAAAAAUGGCUGCUAAUUACAUGAGAAACCAUGCAUCUGAUUUUCUACCAUUUUUCCUAUCUGAGAGUAAAAUUGAACUUGAUGCAGAUAGGUCACCCCUGGAAAGAUUUGAGAAGUACUGCGAAGAGGUUGAGUCCACAGCAGCUUGGGGAGGACAACUUGAGCUGGGUGCUCUUACACAUUGCCUUAAGAAACAUAUCAUCAUAUAUUCAGGUUCUUUCCCUGACGUGGAGAUGGGAAAAGAAUACAAGACUGAAAUAGGAAACAGUAUCAGCAACCCAAGCAUAAUGUUAUCGUAUCAUCGGCAUGCUUAUGGCCUUGGCGAGCACUACAAUUCGGUCAUUCCCAACACUGUGAGGUGCAGUUAAUAGGUCCUUUUUCCCCAUCCCGUGGAACACCUUCUUUGCUCCACAGCCAUAUUUGUUUUAAGGAUUAUUUAGUGGGUUGUUCUAUUAGAUUUUAUGCUUCCAUCUGGUUAAACGUUGAACUAUUUACCGAGGGCAAUGAGUCACAUCUCAACCUGUGAUGGUUACAUAAGCAGAUAUGAAAAGAAAAAAGGUUGGCUUAAUGCACAGUGCUUGAUUUUGGAGAGGCUUAGCCGAUGCAGCUCUAGCACUACAAGAAAGGCUAUGUUGAUGACUGGAACACUAGUUAUACAGGGUACAAAGAAACAACCUUUGGUAAGUAGACAUGAAAUAUAUGAACAAUUCAUCUGGUGCGUGUGAAAAAGACAUCUUGAACUAGUCCUCCAAACUCUUUAAUCCAACAGGUGCAUAGGAGGUGUUGAUUUUUUUCAAGUAUUUAGUUGCUAUUGUACAAACUAGGCUGAUUUGAUUGUGAUUCUAUGUUUGUUGGACAAUGGCACGUGUAUUUAAAUGAUAAUUGGCCUAGCAGAUGUGUGAUGUUUCAA